CGAGCGACAGCAGCGCGUCCUGCCCUCCGGCCGCGGCUGGGCGGCUAGUUCAAGUUGCCAUAGCUGCGAGUCUAGGGUGUGAGGAGUCCGUUGCGCCGCUGCGUUUGGUCAGUUGCACCUUCUGGGUCUCUGGCAGCCGCGGGAGCCAGGUGAAGCCUCGGCGAUGAUCCGGCUUUAAGGACCUGGCGUCGUCUUGUCUCAGGUGGUUUGUGGAAGGUGUGGGGCAACCAAAGAUCAUCUACUUAACUAGACCUUUUGCCCUGAAUCUCAUGAAGAAAUGAAAAGAGGCAGGUAUAUGUGCCUAAGAAAAGCACUGAGCUCAGGAGAGAGCAACGCGGAGUUUUGGGGGUGUGCUUUGGUUUGUGUGCAUCAAUGGCGGAUUCAUCCAGUGAUUCAGAGCACUUCCGCUAUAGUGACCGAGUGAGUCGAUGGGCGGCCAGGUCAUGUCGCAGGGAAACUCGGAGUCAUCCUACCAUAGACGUCACAGAGAAGGUCAACAUCAUAACAAGUACUUUACGGGACACCAGUCGGAACCUGCAACAAGUGGACCAGAUGCUUGGGCAAUAUCGAGAAUAUAGUAAUGGACAAGCCGGUACUAUAGAACAUUUAAAAGAAAGCUUGGAACAAUCAAUAGGCCAACUGCGGAGUCAACGUAUAUUGAGAAACUCAAGAGGGAGAAGUAUGUCUGUUACCAGUCUAAGUACAAGUGACCCUGAUGCUGGCAUGAUGGCAGAAGGUCACCAUUUUUCUCCAACUUCACCUCUCAAGAACUAUGAUCCACAAGGAAAUAAAAGAAUUAAAUCCAGAACUGGUGUUCGGUUUAGUCGGGAGACUGAAGACAUGACCCAGUUUCACGCUUUUCAUCAGUCCCUCCGAGACCUCAGCAGUGAGCAAGUUCGCCUUGGCGAGGAUUUCAACAGAGAGCUUUCCAGAAGGAGCCGGUCAGAUGCUGAAACAAAAAAGGCUUUGGAAGAAUUGACUGAAAAACUUAAUGAAGCCCAGAAACAAGAAGUGGUUUCAGAUCGAGUGGAGCGGAGGCUACAGGAGAUAGAGAGAGAGAUGCGCACAGAAAGAGAGCUGGUGGAAAGACGUCAGGAUCAAUUGGGACUGAUGUCAUUAAAGCUGCAGGAGGUAUUGAGGAAACAAGAAGCUAAAGCAGAAGAGAAUGAGGGAGCAAUAAAAAAUAAGCUAAGACAAACUGAAACUGAGAAGAGUCAACUUGAACAGGAAUUGGAGCGAUCUCGCAGGCUGUUGAGUCAGUCGGAAGGCAACAGAGAAAUCCUUUUGCAUCAGGUAGAAGAGCUGCGUACACAACUUACAAAAGCAGAAGGUGAUUCGAAGGGCUUAAAACAUCAAGUAUCCCGGAUUUCCAAGCAACAGUCAGAUCAGGAGGACCAUGAAGACUGGAGGUUUAGGAGAGGGGUAGAGCAAGAAAAACAGGAUCUGGAGAAGCAGAUGUCAGAUUUGAGGGUGCAGCUGAACUUCAAUGCAAUGACAUCUGAGUUAGAGGAAGUGAAACGGUGCAUGGAGCGAAAAGACAAAGAGAAAGCAAAUUUGGCAGCACAAAUAGAGACUUUAGUGUGUGAACUGGAGGACAAGGAAAAACAACAACUACAGAUGUUGGAUAAACUCAAAGAGAUUCAAAAUCACUUUGACACAUGUGAGUCCAACCGUAAGCAUGCUGACCUCCAGAUCUCAGAGCUGACUCACCAUGCCGAGGACGCUACCAAGCAAGCCGAGCAGUACCUCAGUGAGUUGCAGCAGUCAGAGACUCUGAGAGAGGAGGCAGAAAAGAGGAAAGCAGAGCUGAAAGCGAAAGCACAAGAGUCCAUUAGGCAAUGGAAGCUUAAGAGUAAGAAGUUAGAGCGCGCACUGGAAAAACAAUCUGAGACUCUUGAACAACUGACAGAAAAGAACAAUCAGCUUCUAAAAGAAAAGGAUGAUUUGAAAAAUCAGCUUUAUAUAGCAUUGCAACAGAUAGAGAAUCUUAGAAAAGAAUUGAAUGAUGUCUUAACCAGGCGUGCCCUUCAAGAGGAAGAGAUUGACUCUAAGGAGAGGAAACUAAGUGAUAUUCAGUCUCAUCAAGCGGAGCUUGAACAGGAAGUCAAGAAUUCUGUGGAUACCAUUCAAAGACUAGAGAGUGAAUUAAAAAAGCAGAAUAUGGUUCAAAGCCAGAUGAAAUUUGAGAAAGCUCACCUGGAAGAAGAAAUUGCAGAAUUAAGGAAGAGCCAUCUUCAGGACAAAGCUAAACUUCUUGAGAUGCAAGAGUCCAUCAAGGACUUAAGUGCCAUUCGAGCAGAUCUUGCUAAUAAAUUGGCCGAAGAAGAGAAAGCCAAGAAAAUGGUGCUUAAGGACCUUUCUGACCUCACAGCCCAGGCAAAAUCGAAGGAUGAAGAAACAGCUACUGUCAUCACACAGCUGAAGCUGGAGCGAGAUGUUCACCAGAGGGAGCUGGAAGAUCUCACAUCUUCACUGCACAGUGUGAAAAUGAAACAUGAACAAAAUAUUCAGGAGCUGAUGAAGCACUUUAAGAAAGAAAAGAGUGAAGCAGAGCAUCAUAUUAGGACGCUGCAGGCAGAAAGCUUAGAAGAUAAGAAUAUAGCUAAACUCCAUCGUUGUGAGCUGGAGAAGUUAAAAUCACAGUGUGAGAAGCUGACAGAGGAAUUAACCCAGAAUGAGAGUGAGAACCAAAUAAUGAAGCUAAAAUAUCAAUGUUUGAAAGACAAACUGGAAGACAAGGAAAAGCACUUAAGCAAUGAAGAAGAGCACUUACGGAGGAUGGAAGAGGCAAGAUUGCAGCUUAAGGAUCAACUUCUUUGUCUGGAGACUGAACAAGAAUCUAUUCUUGGAGUGAUAGGGAAGGAAAUUGACGCAGCUUGUAAAACUUUCUCCAGGGACUCAGUAGAGAAGAUGAAAGUUUUAUCCUCUGGUCCUGAUAUACAUUAUGACCCACAUCGCUGGUUAGCAGAAAGUAAGACUAAACUCCAGUGGCUCUGUGAAGAACUAAAGGAAAGAGAAAACAGAGAGAAAAAUCUGCGACAUCAGCUGAUGCUCUGCAGACAGCAACUCAGGGAGCUGACCCAGAACAAGGAAUCUGAGCUCCAGUCUCUAUUUCAGCAGAUAGAACGGCAAGAGCAGCUUCUAGUAGAAAUACAUCAGGAGAAGAAAGAUUUGCUAGAAGAGACCCAAAGAAAAGAUGAAGAAAUGGAAACUCUGCAGGACCGUGUAAAUGCCUUAGAAAUGAGUACUCGAGUGGCAUUGGACCAUCUGGAGUCUGUACCUGAGAAACUAAGCCUACUGGAAGAUUUCAAAGACUUUCGAGAUUCCUGCUACUCAUCUGAAAGAACUGAUGGCAGAUAUUCUAAAUACAGAGUUCACAGAGAUUCUCUUAGGCACUGCCAUGAUGACAUCAGGUACAAAGUCAAAAGUUUGAAGGAUGACAAAACCUUCCCUCAAGGUUCCCACGCUCGCAGGUUAGAUCACCCAUCCUUUUGGCAGAACCACAGUCGUUUCCUGUCUAGUCCACGAUUUUCACACUUGAACUCAUUCACCAAAAGGACCGUUACUCCAGAUCCGACUUCAGUCAAGGAAGAUGCCACAAGUGUACCAAUGAAUGGAGCAAGUCCACUAUCCAAGAAGGAGGAACAUGAGAACAAAAAAACAAAAUGAGCAGCCAUAAUGGACUUCCUAUGAAUGUAAUAAGAAGACAAAAAAUGGAAACAGCAGAGGUCAAGGGAGAUUUUGUAGAAAAAACAGGUUACGAACAGGAUCUUAAAGGAUGUACAGCACUGGAAAUUUACCCCAAGAACUUGAUGACUCCUCUGUACAAAACCAUAAAGAAGUCACUGGUAAAAAUGAUGAAAGCAAUUUAAUUAAUCUGCAUUAUAUCCAUUGGAUACAUCAUGAAAAUGUUUUAAAGACAAAUUAUUCUUAGGACAUAGAUGUAGAUUUAAAUGUCCACUAUGUGGACUAGAAUGAAAUUUUAGACUGUGUAUACUAUUCCCAAUGUGGAAAAUGCCCAGCUUCAAAGGCUAUUAUUUACAAAAAGCCAAACAAGUAAUAUAGAGCACAUGAUUAAAAAGCAACUACCUCUCAGUGUAUGUUUCUCUUACUUUCUCUUUUUUUCAUCAUCCUUUAUGUCUUCUUUUUCUUCUGUUUCUUCAUUUUCCUUCUACUUCUUCCUUUUCUUUAUAGAGUAAGCUAAUGUGGGGCUAUGAGAAAAAUCCACAGUUAUAAUCAUUAUAUUUGUUUCCCUGUAGCUUCUGAAACAAAUUACCACCAUCUACAAGCCAUAAACAGAAAUAUAAUCUUUCACAGUUCUAGAAGUCAGAAGUUCCAAAUCAGUUUCACUGAACAGAAAUGAAGGUGUCAGCUCUAGAGGAGAAUCCAGUCUCUGCCUCUUCCAAGUUCUAGUGAGAUCCAGCAUUCCUUGGCUUAGGGCCACAUCACUCCAAUCUCUGACACUGUAGUCACACGGCUUUCGCCUCUUCUCUGUGUGUCAGAUUUCUCUCUGUGUCCCUAUUACAAGGACAUUUGCGAUGGCAUUUAGGAUCUACUUAGACUCAGAGUUAUCUACCCAGUAUCAGGGUCUUUAUUCAUAUUUUCAAAGACUCUUUUCCCAGUUUAGGUAACUUCUACAAAAUCAUAGAAUUAUGAUAUUAGAGGAAUUAGGUAUCAUCAUUCAGCCUACUACAGUAGAAAUGUUACAAAAAGUCCUCCCUUUGACAUACAGCAAGAAAUAUUGUAGCAGAUAACAGAUAGAUAGAUAGAUAGAUAGAUAGAUAGAUAGAUAGACAGAUAAUUAGACUUCACCUGAUCCACUGAUAUAUCUCACCUGAAACUAUGACAAAGUUGUCAUUUGCACCAAAUGCAUCCUCUGUUUUCUUGAAUUGUCUGAACAUACCUUCCUGUCAGGGAUGGAAAAGAAAGACAUUUUACCUGCUCCUUAACAAUUCUGUAAGCACCAGUCAAGCAUACACAGUAUGUCCAGGUCCAGGGAUGUGCUCCUUGUGAGAGAUUUCCUACUUUUCUCAGACUUCAGAGGCUUUUGGGACAGGGGUUAUUUUAACAUAAACCAAAGACAUCUUCAAGUAUUAUAACCUCAUAUAUCCAAUAACUCCUAUUUCAGUGUUAGCUAAUUUGAUAUUAAAUGAAGGCUGUUCCUGUAAAGACACUUGGUUUAUCAGGAAUAUUUGAUUAGUGUUGUAACUCAUAGAGAAAGCAGCUCCAUAUUGUUGUUGACUGAGAGUGGUUUCCUGAGGUCAGUAUUUUGUGACCUCAGUAUCGUUAACAUUUUGAUUUGGAUAAUUCUUUGUGAGUUGUUUUAUAUAUUUUAGAAUCAGCAUCCCUGAUUUGUACCAUCUAGUUGAUUGCUGAUAGGGUCUUUUUUCAUGUAACAACCAAAAAUGUCUGCAGAUAUCCAGAUGUCUCUUGUAGGUGAAAUCACUCUGGGUGAAAAUUACUAAGUACCAGUCACUGUACUAAUCACUAUAUUUAUAUUAAUGAAUGUCAAUGUUACAAAGGCUCAUAAAUGAAGGGUCACUAUCACACUAAAGAAAUGGAGGCACAGUGAUAUUGAGCAAAUGGGCUGAGGUCACACAACUUUGUAGAGCUAGGACUUGAACCAGCACUUAGGAUUCAGAAUUUUUUACUGGAGAUAGUACAGCUGCUGUCCAGUGCUCAUUUAAGAAAUUACAUGCUCGGGGCUGGGGGUUUAGCUCAGCGGCAUAAGCACCUGCCUUGCAAGCAGGCGGUCGUGAGUUCGAUCCCUGGUACCGAUAAAAAUGAAAAAGACAAAAAAAAAAAAAAAAAAAAGAAAUUACAUGCUCAGGAGCUAGGGAUUUAGCUCAGUGGCAUAAGCACCUGCCUUGCAAGCAGGCAGUCAUGAGUUUGAUCCCCGGUACCAAUAAAAAAGAAAAAAAAAAAAAAAGAAAUUACAUGCUCAAUGGUUGUAAUUAACUAUAACCAUGAAUGAAAGGAGGGAAAGGAUUAUUUCUUGAAUCCAUGCAAUAAAUAGAAUGUACAUCUUGAGACAUCCAUGUGUAUUACUUUAUUUAAUAUUUAUUAAGGCCCUGUGGAGUUGGAUCCCUAAAGCUUGGUCUUUUUACUCAAGGUAUAUACCAGGAUAAUAGGCAGAAACAUUUUGACCAGCGGUUUUCUGGGGUUUUAGCCAUAUUAUUUGUUUUACUUUUUCUACUUUCCUUGAAUUUUAGAAAGAUGUGGAGAAGAAGAGUUUUAAUCUUCAUCUGUAUCUUCUAGUUCAAGUAUCUUGUUGCAUGAAAAUACCAAACUACUUAGAAGUGACACACGGACACUUUGAGCUCUCACUCCUAUAUCCUUGACACUUUCUGACAGGUUGUGGUAAGGUGUACAGGUGCAGGUGGGUACACAGGAAGCAUGGACUUUGGCUCUGCUACUUCUCUCACCUGUGACUGCCUUAGUCACUCAUCACCAAGACCAAGUACUGGACACUCACAAUGUAGAGAAGGAAAGCGUUAUUUUGUCUCACAAUUUGUAGAAGGUUCAGCCCAUGGAUGGCUUGUCUCCAGGCAGAAUGGCUUGGUAAAAGGACCUAGGCAGAGGAGAGCCACUCACUUCAUUCCAUCCAGGAAGCAGAGAGAGCUGAAGACCCAGGCAGGGAGACGUAGCCUUCCAGGCCAUGCACCCAGUAUCCCACCUCUUCCAAGCAGACCCCAUUUACAAUUAGCUAGUCAGUUAUAAGCCGCAUAAGCCCAUCACCUCUCAAAAGCCUCACUUGUGAUUACCUAAAGCUUUCUGGGGACAUCUGUAUAUAAAACAUAACAUUGACCUAGGGAAGUCACAUCUGUUUUCCUACAAAUGUCUCGAGUUUUUCUUUUUUAAUAGCAGUGUUUUUAAAUGGAAAUUUUAUAUAUACCUGAAUUAUGAGUUAAUCGGGGUAGAGGGGUUGACCUCAUAGUUAAGUUUUUAAUUAUAGGUAUGGAAAUAUAUGGCCAUGUAUAUCUAGGAUUCAGAGGAGAAUAAAAAAUCCUAGAAAUAUGGAAGUGUGUAAUUUUCGGGGCCAAUAUUGUGAGUUUUACAACCAAAAUAUUGGAGUGUAUUCUUGGUACUUCUAAAUGAGUGAAGAAACUAUUCAUCCAGUUUGAAGAAAUAUGUGUCACAUGUAGUCAGUUUAAUAGAUUGAGACCCCGAAACCUCACAUGUGUUACCUAAGGAAGAUGCUAUUUUUUAAAAAGUUGAUUAAGAAGAUGUUUAUAUAUAGUUGCCUUGCUAAGAAUGUGGGUCACAGUUUAAAGAGAUACCAAACAUAAUGUGAUAAUGCUGCAUGUCUACUCAAGACAACUAGUGGAAGUGUCCUGAAUCACAAAUAGCCCUACACUGGAGAAUUCUAAAAGGUCAUUCAAUACAUCUCUAUCUAGAAAAACGCGAAAAACAGAAUGAGUCCAUUUCAAGAUUUCAACACAUUAAACUUAGUAUGUUAUGAAUUUAUUGUUGAAAAUAUUAAAUCUCAUUACUAAUUUAAUUUCAUCAAAAUGAAGACAGGGAACACAUUUAUCAAAUAGGCAUAAACCAGUAAUAUUCAAUUAGAUACGAUUUUUAGAAGAUGUUUCUACAAUCCUUGCUUGUAGACCAAGACUGUAAAACUCUUAUUUCAUGUAAGUAAUAAUGCUAUCAUAUUCUGGUUAUAAGAAAUAGUCAUGGUGAAAAUAAAAAAUGAUAUAUUAACUAUCUGCCAUUUCAGCAAAUAACAUUAUAAUAGCAAAAUCUAUGUAUAAUUGAGUAAUUUUUAACUUUCUCUUUUGCUUUCACUUAGUAAUGGGAAUAAUAAAAAUUUCACACUAAGAAAAGAACUUGGAACUCCUUGCCUAUUAUGAUAGAAAUUGACCUGAACUUGAAGUCAGGAAAUGAUGAAAUGACAAACAAAAUUAUCCCAAUUAUUACUCCCUAAAAAUCAUAUGGAUUCAUUCUAUAAUAUGAUGUAGGGAACCAGAAAUAAAAUAAUUCUGUUUUUAUCAAAAAAUCCCAUAACUUGAACUAUGUCAAUUGAAACUUUACAUUAGACAGAAAGGGAUAGGGGAGAGAAAAAUCAGUUAAGAAAGGAAAAUAUAGAUUCUGAGUAGGAAGAUCGAAGAGAAAACCUGAUGAUGUAACACACACAAACACACACACACAUACACAUAAAUGUAUUUGAUGGUUCUUGAUUUGAAAGGUAAAGGCUCUAAUAUGGGGCUUAAGUGUUCUUUCUGGCAGUGAUAUGCAAGUCAUUUAAUCUGCUCAUCUAAAGUAGAGACAAGUAUGAUUUAUAAACCACAGGUAAAAAGAAUAGAGAGCCCCCACUAGCCUUUUCAAGGAGCCAAAAUGAAUAGUGUAAGGGAGAGACAAGCCCAAGGAAAAGGACCUGGAAGGUGCCAGCUCCCACUGACUGACUUUGGGUCACUGCAAAUAGACCUACACACGUGGGAGCUUGGAAAAGUUGGAGCUGUUAACUCUGAGUGCUGCUGAGAGGAGAAAACUUCAAAGGCAAGGGACAGUGAGAGAAACUAGUAGCCAAUCAGAAUGAAGAGGGAUGUUUGAACAGAGGGACAGGGCCCAUAUAAAGCGUAAGAUUUUGGGGUUUCUGGGUCUACUGCCUCUGUUCACGCAGUCCUUUGCCAUUCUGGGAAGGUUUUUAUAAGAGGACAAGAGUCAGGUGAGUCUGUGGUCAGCUAGACAGCUUGAAAGAGUUCGUCUCUGCAGCUGCUCUGUAUGACAGAUUAAACUCUAAACUCAAGGCCCAGCUUUCCUGAUAUAUUCUACUUGUUUACUUUGAAACCACUUGAGGAGUCUGCCAUCGACAUGUGAGCUCACAGGUGCACAUUUAAGACGUGAGUGGAAUGUGUAGCCAUGAGGGCCACUGUUUCCUCCCUUUCUGUCUGCACGGAGAGAGGGUGGGUUGCAUGGAACUUAGCUCUCUGUAAAAUAGGCCAGCAGGUCAGCAUUCUUCACAGCCUAGCCUCUAAGAUAUACUGCUUUUGGAGUGUUCCUUUUAAAAAAAAAUGCACAUCAUGGUUCUAAGGAGGCAAACUUUCAAUGCAUUCUUCUCUGGAACUAUAUUCUUGUGAAGAUCAGAAAAAAAGAAGUAUUAGUCUACAAAUGGAGAAACUCCAACUUCCGAAAGAUAUAUCUCUUAAAUUGUGAGUGUUUUCUCAUACCUCUGGGUGUAAUGGCUCCUGGCAUGAUGCUUUCGUUGAGGGAUGAAACUAACAGUAUUUUAGAACAGUAUUGGUGAUGCUACUCAGUGAUCAGUUCUCAUAUUAUCCAUGCCAUCUAUGCAGAGAUUUCUAGCUCAGUUUACUCCUGUCAUUCUAAAACCGGCUGAGAUGGAAAGGCAAAUCUCUUAUAUGCCAUUCCUUCUCAACCGAGUGUUAAUCUAGUGAUAACUCUGCAACUAUAAUUGAAGAUAGGUAGUUAUCAGUACUGUGGUUCAAUACAAAUAUAAUCUAUUUGGUGUUCAAUUUGAGAACCAAGCCCAUAGUAUGCAGUGCUUUUGAUUGUUUUAAAAUAAAGAUCAAGGCAAUUAAUAAAUGUUUUCAGAGCAGAAUUGGUUGAGCUGAUGGAUAAAAGGUGUAUGCAUACUCUAUGCUCCACAAUGAAGUAAUUUAAUUAUAUGUAUGUAAGAAAGACAUUCUUAAAAUUGUUAUAGGAGGGGUCUCAGUAAAGGAAAGAUAGAUUGUACUCAUGAUUAUUUCUUAUCCCUUAAUCUCUUGAUUAAUGAUUAUCAUUGAGAAAAAAAUUCAUAAGAAUGUUGCUUGGCAGAUGGCUAUUGAUUUUAGGGUAUAGUCAUAAUGAAGAACUUGUAUUUCACCGAGGGAAUUUGAUGCCUCCCAGAUGUUACUGAAAACUCUGGUAGGGCUGGCUUGUAAACUUUAUCACCCAGGAGUGGGACAGGUGAGAACAGGAGGUGGACGAAAUGACAUGGUUGAAUGUAGUUCACUGUCAAGAGUCUAGCUUUUAUUUGGAAAAGGAAGGUAGGCGUUCAUAGGUGGUCAAUACAUUAUUAAAGAACCUGCUAUUUUCUUACCAUAAAAAUCUUAUCUGCUUAUCUGCUUUGCUUGCAGUCGUUAAUGAAGAGAAAGAGGGUUCCACCUACUCCUUAAGUAUCAUAUACAUAGUCCUUUGUUUUUCAGUUUCUCGUUCCAUUUUUACUUGCCAUGUUAAUCUAAAUACACACAUAUAUAACACACAUCACAAAUAUAUAAGUAUAUAUAAGUAUAUAUAGGAAGAUAUCUUUGUAUAUAAGGAUAUAUAUAUGUUGGUUGUUUUAUAGUGUUAAAAUAUUAAUUUUUUGAUUACAUGUAUUUGUGCAUUAUUGAAUAUUGAUGUAAAGCCUUUUAUUACUCCGAAUACUUCUUAUAGAUUAUCUUAUUCUGAACUUCAUAGCCACUGUACAAAGGUUAUAUGACCUGUCCAAAUUCACACUUAGUCAGUGACAAACUAGGACUAGCAAUGAAGUUUCCUGAUUUAGAGCCAAGAGUUCUUUCCACCACAGCAGCUGUCAGUGGAUACUGGAAAGCCAGAAGACACAGAUUUGGCUCCUCUGAAGCUGAGAAUUAUAGGUAGUGACUGAAAUAUCAGCAGUGCAGUUGUUUUCCAGGUCAGCUCAUCCAGGGAAGUUCUACCUGUGACUGAGAUAAGUUGUGUAACUGAUGAUGUGUGAUAAUUCGGUAUGUUCUGUCUCUAUUAUGUUAUAUUCCACUAUCACCUGGUGCUAUAGUUGCUUUAUGUUUUUUUUUUAUAUUAUGUUGGCUUUAUAUUUGAUAUCUAAAUAAUUUAACAGCCCUUUUGUUACACUGAUGCAGUACGCGGUGUCACUGAAGGUAUGCGGAUCUGAAAUCUUCAGGCAUGUUUUCCCCAAUUGCUAAAACAAUGGCAAAGCAAUACAGUAAAAUUCUGUUUCCAGGACUGCCAUUUAUUUAGUCAAAGGAAAUUUUAUAUGGAAAUUAAUGGCUAUGGUAAUAAAAUCAACAUUAUUAUUAAAAAUUUGGUGAUCACUUUUUUUAGACUUUCUCUUUUGAGACCAUCUAUUUCUUUUUAUCUAGUUAUGUUCAAUAACAAGAAUUCAAAAAGUUUUUACUUUAUUCAACUAGAAUUCACUGGCAGGGUUAAUGAAAGAAAUUUAAAGUUUCAUUCUAAACAACAAUAUCUUUACAAACAAAAUAUAAUCACAAUCAAAAUCAACCAACUUGUUGAUUAAAAAUUAUCCAUUCAAAAUCAAACUACUGUUACCAAAUGAAAAACAAUAAAGGGCUUGCCGUAGUAACCUUGACAUGAUAAUGAGUGUUUGACAAGUUCACCCUGGCAUAUCAGAUGUUUAAAAAUCUUUGUUCCUCUAUGUUAUAGAAACAAAUUUCACAGAAGAGUUUUUUUUCUCACAAAAUAAACAAAAAUUGAUAACCACUUGCAUUUAUGGGUUGGAGGCUGAGAUGCUGUAACAAAGAAACCUGUCAGUCAGUUGUGACCACCUCUAGGGCAUCGAAGCACAUGGGUUCCUUCCUUAAUGCUACACUGUCACUCCCUGAAUGUCAGGCUCCUCAGCAUGGCUGAUGCUGGGUUACUGUUGUCACUGUUGUUUUAUGUCAAAAGAAUAGGAGAGGGUCCAAGGCAGAUGUCUCUGAGGAGAUGGCUCUGAAAUGACAGUUGUCCAUUCCACUGUCUUCCAUUCCUGAAUCUCAUCAAAUGAACAUACUUGGCUGUAAGGGAGGCUGGAAACUUGGGA